AUGGCAAGCACCUGGUGGCCGGGUCUGCACCCAUGGGGCCUGGCAGGGUACAAUCCAAAGAGGCGACAUGGUUCCCCUUCCCAUGUGCUCGCCGCCUGUGGGAAGGGCCAAGGAGGUCGGUUGGCUCUUGGGGUGUGGAAUGCCACCUCCCUAGUUGGCAAGGAGAAGCUACUGCGUGAGGUUGAGAAGUUCCAAAGUGAUAUAGUCGAGCUCACCUCUACACGUACAGUAGCUCGAGCUCUGGUUGGACACUCUUCUACUCUGAAGUUUCCCACAGUGAGAGAUGUAGAGAAGAGUGUCGCCAUGUCGCAGAAAAAGAGAUUGGCAAACACCCAGAUGUCAUCACAGAGGAAAAGACUGGCGGGCAUGUCGGGUUCUGUGGGAAAUGAAGAAGAGCUAACAUUCACCCAGCCAAGCACGUUGCCUGAGCUCUCAGGCAAACAGAUUGAGCAAAAGUCGGACGAGGUGGUGCAGUACAUUCUGAUGAAGGAUCAGAAAAAGAUACCUAUUCGACGAGCAGACCUGGUGAAACACGUGAUAAAAGAAUACAGAAAUGGCUACCCUGCGAUUAUGAAGAGAGUUGCACAUACUUUUGAACAGGUUUUUGGGCUUACAUUGGUUAAUAUUGACCCAAAGAAUCAAAUGUACAUCCUCCUCAAAAAACUGGAGGAGGAUGUUGAAUGCCCGACUUUGGGCAAAGCCAACCCGAAGACAGGAGUACUUUUUGUCAUCCUGAGUGUCAUCUUCAUGAAACAGGGAGUGGUCAAAGAAUUGCUGAUAUGGAAUGUGCUGGAGAAACUCUACUUGAACUCCAUGACAGAACAUAAGGAAUUUGGCGACAUCAAGAAGAUGGUCAUCGAUGAGUUUGUACGCCAACGGUACCUGGAAUAUGUGCGUGUGCCUCACACAGACCCACUGGAACACAACUUCCUCUGGGGGCCACGUGCUAAACUGGAAGUCUCCAAGGCAAAAAUCCUCCAAUUUGUGGCAGAGCUUCACGACAGGAACCCUCAAAGUUGGAAGCCACAGUACAAAGAAGCUCAGAACCAGUCUUUGGCUCGUCAGCAAGGUCUGCAGAAACCUGAUAACAAUCCUGAUGACUUGAGUCAGGUGUGUUGGAUGAGGAAGACGUAA